AUGGGCACGGAUUUCACUUUAAAUGAACAGCUCAAACACUCCGAGUACUCUGAGUAUCGGAUUCUUUACACUUUUGAUAUCUACAAGAAGGCUAAAGUGUGGCAGGACGGAACUCUGCGACUCUUCAAGAUCAACAAGAAACUGAUUGUAUAUGAUGACAGUAAAGUUCUUGUGUAUGAGGAUUUUUGGAAACUAUAUGAGACGUUUCAUGAACGACAGGUCAUCAAAUUUGAUGAUGUAUGGAUCACUGUCGAUGCAACACUCGGAGUUUACGAGAGAGAUGUAUUGGGUCAAUUCCUUAGGGUGAACUCAAGUUGCAACGAUGUAACUUUGAACGCAAAGAGAAUUGUACAACCAGUAAAGAAACUAAACAAGAAACAAAAUUCUUUACUACCGCUGACUCCCGCUAAGAGAAAACGCCGGGUAGUUGGCCUUAGACAUAGUAGAGGGGACUUCAAAUCACCUCUUCUUAAGAAGACACCAAAGACUCCUGCUAGAAAGACGUUGCAUAUCGACAGGAGUUACGAAACUCCCCAAAUUUCAAUGUUAACGCCUCCUAUCUCUAGUUAUAGUUACCGUAGAUUGGAUUUGCAGACUCCUCUAAAAAAGCAUUUACCGUCGCAGCAGCUGGACUUGCUACAGGUAGAUGUCUAUGACAGCGAUUCACAGGAGAACGAUGAUUUGAGCGACUUUGGUGAGGAUACCAAUGCUACUCCAAAAAAUGCACAGAAGAAACUAUUCGACAAGUUGGAAUUGGGUAAUUCGGGAAAUGAAAUUGCCACAGAAACAUGGGGCCAUAAGGAGGACUCUUCCGAUAGAGCCAAGGCGGUACUAGACCUUUCGAAAAGACUACUAGGUAAACCUUGA